AUGAAAAUGUUUUAUCAAUGGUAUCUUCGAGUGCGUUACAAUUACGCUAAUCCAUCAGAACGAGUGUUUAAAGUAAUUGCUGUUCAACCAGAACUUGAACUUGCUUGGCAAGAAUUUGAAGGUGCAUCAACUUAUGCUUAUGCUCAACGUGAAGCAUUGGCCAAAAUCAAAAGAAUAACUACGGAGAAUGAAACGUCUUUACAAGAAUCUAGUACAAGUGGAAUAAGAUCUAUUGACGAUAUUGAAUUAUCUGGUAAUAGUAGUAUUACUAAAAAAGAGAAAGAUGCAAUUAUUCAGUUACGCAAUGAAUUCAAAGCAGCAAUUAAAGAUCUUCGAAAUGAUAUACGUCUCAUCACAAAACAGAAGUGA